UAUUCUUACUAUUAUAUUCCACUCUAAGAUCUCUCUCUAUAGACAACUGUAACAUAUAAUAUACCUAUAACUCUCUCUCUCUCUCUCUCUUUAUCACCUAUUCUUUCUUUUUUUAGUUCAUUGUUUUCUUCUUUAGCUUCAUGCAUCACUUCUCCAACAUGUCACCAAAUCCAGAAGAACUCUUUCUUAUAAAAAAUGACAAAGAAGAAAACGAUAUCAAUAUUGAUAAUGAUAAGAUAGAAACAGAAGAAAUCUCAAAAACUCUAUCAACAGCAUCAGCGUCAUCUUCAUCGGAAGAAGAAAAACUUGAAGAAAAAGAUGAAGAAGGAGAUGAAGAUGGUUUCAGAACUCCAACAACAUUGGACCACAAGAUUACAGUGCUCACAUGUCCACCUGCACCAAAGAAAACGAAACAAUCUCUGAAAAGAAGAGCAGUACACUGCAACUGCAGACAGUUACCACUUGAUCUGUCAAAAGAAGUUGAAUUAUUGUUCCAAACUCAGCCUAUUCCAUUUUCAGAUUCACAUGGCGCCAAGAAAAUUCGAAGAGAUAAUAAUCACGAAACUACGAAAUGAUGCGACUUUUGUAUCAAUUUCUCUGUGUAACUGUACGUAUAAUUCUUAAAGGGGUGCAAUUAACUUCUUCCAAAUUUUUGUGAGUAUAAUUUUUCAUAUCUUUUUGGUAAUUAUGCAUUAACCUUGUAUACUUUAUUUUUUCAUUAGUGAGAUUUUAAAUGUUUCUUGUUGUUGUUUGGUGAGGAUAUAUUUGAAAUAAUAAAGUGAUUAUAGCUUCAAC